AUGCUUCGAAGUUUAUUUGGUAGAAGAUCUCGUUCCACGUGGGUUCGAUUGAUUUAUUUAUGCCUGGUUACAGUGGUUUUUCUCUUUGUGACGUCACACUUCAAUAGCGUCAAAUUGGAUGCAAGAGUUAUUCCGGAAGAGGUAAUGUUUCACUGAUUUUAAAAUUUAAUUGUUUAUUUUUUUCAAGAUUCCGGUUCAACAUGAGAUUGUUAUUGAGAGAAUACGUGAACCUGUCGAACAUGAGAAAGAAUGGCAAGUUAUUCAACCGAACAAAUUCCAAAAACCCACGAAAACUGUAUAUAUAAACAAUGAAAAAUAUCCAAAACUGAAUAGUAAUGGAAAAGUGAUUGCACAACGUCGAAUAGUUCAUCUUGAUUUAAAAGGAGCUCCAUAUAAACCACAUUUCUUUGUGGAACUUUUCUCAUUUUUCAAUCGUCUUCAAGCUACAGGAAUUAUCAUUGAAUGGGAAGAUAUGUUUCCAUAUCAAGGAAAAUUGAGAAAUGCGACAAAUAAAUAUGCAUAUUCUAUACAAGAUAUUGAAAUGAUUCUUGGAGAAGCGAAAAAACGAAAUCUUCAAAUAAUUCCGCUUGUUCAAACAAUGGGACAUCUGGAAUGGAUUCUGAAAUUAGAACAAUUUGCACAUUUACGUGAAGAUCCGAAAUUCCCUCAAGUCAUUUGUUUUGCGGCAUCAGAAGCAUGGGAAUUAAUUGAAGAAAUGAUAAAAGAAGUUGGCGAGAUCCAUAAAAAAUAUGGAAUGGAAUAUUUUCAUAUAGGUGCUGAUGAAGCUUUUCAAAUUGGGUUCUGCCGUGAAAAUAUCAUAAGAAUGGAAAAAGAAAUAAGUCGAGAACGUUUAAUGUUAUGGCAUAUUGCAAGAACCGCAAAAUAUGUGAAGAAUACAUUUGAGAAUGUUGAAGUUUUGGCUUGGCAUGAUAUGUUAGUCAAUGGAAUGGAAAAUGAUAUUAGAGAUUAUAAACUAACCGAAGUAAGUUUUUUUCUUUUCCAACAUUUAUCAUUUUUAUUCUAUAUAAUUUUUUAUAGCUUAUCCAACCUGUGCUAUGGAACUAUGCAGAAGAUCUUGAUAUGUAUUUACCUAGAACAACUUGGAUGUUAUUACGAAGUUUCAAAAGAGUUUGGGGUUCUUCUGCAUGGAAAGGCGCUGAUGGACCAGCAAGAUAUUCAACACAUUCUGAACAUUAUAUCAAAAAUCAUGAAUCUUGGAUCAAUCAAUUUUCAAUGGUAUAUCAAGAUUUUGAGGCGAUUGAAGGGCUGAUUAUGACUGGUUGGUCAAGAUAUGAUCACCUGGCUGUUUUGGCAGAAUUAGGUCCAAUUGGAUUACCAACAUUGGCUAUGAGUAUGGAAACUAUUCUUGUAUGUUUACGUAAUAUUUAAAAAUUUAAAUCAAUCAAUAAUAUUCUUUCAGGAAGGUCGACAACUUCGAGGAGAUUAUCCGGUGACUUCAGAAUUGCUACAAUGUACACCACCAAUUGAUAAUGGAUAUAGUGCAACAGGUUGCCGGUUUCCAGGCUCAAGAAUUUAUGAAAUUGUCAAUGAUUUAUAUCAGAAGAGACGGCAAUUGAAAGCAUAUCGAGAUGAUGAUUAUGAAUUGAAUGGUUGGAUGUCGAGAUUAUCGGAUGAGUAUAGUGUGUCAAGUCAUUGGUAUAUUGAUGUUAGUUUUUUAUAGUGAAAAGGGAUUUGGGGGUCUCUUUUUGAGUAUUUAAAAAAUAGGUUGUUUUCAUCCUGCCAAAAAUUUCUCAAAAAUCACUCCCCAUUUUUAAUUUUUUUUUAUUUGCAUGGAGCUGUGCUUUCUAUGUCUAGACAUCAAAAUUUUCAAAAGUUUCUCUCUGAAUCUCACACUUUUUAACUCUCACAAAAACACGUAAAAUUUUCAAAAUCACCUGACAAUUUUUCGAGUCAUGAAAUUUUUCAGCUUUGAAAAAUUUUAAUUCAGUUCAAUAAUUGUCAAAAAAAAGUGUUGUAAAAAUUGAAAAAAAAAAAGAAGUUUUUUUGAAAAAUGAAUUCCUUCUUUCAAAUUUCAUCAUUUUUGUUUCAGAAAAUCCAGCCAAUGAUUGAAAUGUAUGGAGUUCCUUUGGAACAAAUUGAAAAAGAUUUGCGAUUUGAAAUGAGCAAAAUAUUCUAUCAAGUAAGUUUCCAUUCUUUCUCUUGUUUUUUUUUUUCAUUUUCAAAUUUUCAGGACACAAUCGAUGAAUUCAUUUUCACAUAUAUUGGCGAAGAUCUCGAUUGGAUUCGAAGGAAGCGAAAAACAAUGCAACGAAUUUCAGAGCUUCGGAAUUUUCCAAUUCGACCAUUUUUCGAUGAAAAACAUCGGAUAACAGAAAAAUCGUCUUGUGAGAAUAUAACAAGUUCAACCUCAACCUGAAUCAGGUUUUUUUUGGGAUUUUUCUUCAUUUUAUGUACAUAUAUAAGCUAUCUAAUUAGGUAUGCAGUUUACGGUUUGAUGUAUUUUUUAUUUUUGAAGAUAUUCAUUUAUUAGGUGCUGCUAUUUCAUUUUGCAUAAUAUUUUUUCUUCCAAACGUGUUUCUUUUUUUCUGCUGUCUUCUUCUCAACUCCUCGUUCGUUCUUCCAUUCGUUUUGUUGUAAUUUGAAUAAGUGUGUCUAUCUUCUCCCAGCCACGGACCCUUUUCUCCUCGUUUUUUUUCGUCGUUGGCUGGUUUCUCAUGUCAAAUAUGUCUCUGCGUCUCUUUUGCUCAAUACACUCUCUUAUUUGUCUUGUUCUACUCUUUUUCUCACACAUCUGUGUGUAUUUGAGAUGUUUUGAAAAAUACCAACUUGAAGCUGGUUUAAUUUGAAAUUUUUUCAGCAUUUUCAGGUGGAACCAUCUAUUUUCAGAAAAUCUAGGUUAGUUUUUUUUUACUUAUUUUUGGGCGGGGAGACGAACACUUGAAUUAAAUUGUAAAAUUGAACUUCUCGAAAUUCCCCUUCUCCAACGUUUUUUUGAUUCGCUCCAUCGAGCUUUUCUCUAAUUUUGCUCAAUUUCCCCUUUCUUCCGGUUUGCCCCGCGCCUACACAAAAAGUGUUUCUUUUUUUUCUUUAAAACAAUUUCGCAUUGCUUUUUUAAUUAAUACGCAUUUUUUUAUCCCCAAUUAUCCAAAUAUUACUGUAAUGAAUAAAUAUUGAUUUUUUGCAGUUCGGAAUGAUGGAAACAACAACAAUUACAACUUCAGGUAGCACAUCAUUAUUAGAUUCGUGUCUGGCGCCUGGAUUAAGAGCAUGGAUGUUGAUUGCAUUGGUUGGAGGAGUUCUUCUUAUUAUGAGUGAGUUUUCUUAGAUUUUUGGGAAUGUAUUUGGUAGAGAAAACACUUUAUGCUAGAAAAUGUUCAUAUUCUGAAAUAAACCUCAGAAAAGUAUCAAGAAUUUGGUUUUGUUUCAGUCGUAAUUGUUUGUUGCUUUAUGAAGAUUCGAAUUCCGAGAACAAAACGACAAAUUGAUUUGAUUGCGGCGAAACGAAAAUUACGAAAAAGCAAUAAGAAAAGUGAAGCGAAUGCUCAAAGUAAGUCGGAUCUCCUAUGACCCGAAUUUUCCAAUAUUCAUUUUUUCUUCAGAUGAAGAACGUGCUCAAGCAAUUGUGAUGAAUUCAAUGCGCCCAACAAAGUCUUCCGAUUCUUCACGUCCUUCUGGCUCAAGAAUUCAAUCUCAAGUUUAA